GGGGGCGGCGUCGCGCCUGCGUACCACCCGUGACGGGGCGGGGCCUUCUGGCCACAAGUUUAUAAGACACGAGCGCCUCAGGUGACCCGCAAACGGCCCUGGACCACGUCGCCACCGUCACACCACACUCAGGCUCUGGAGGUGACUCACUUAACAGAGAAAGGGAACGCGAGAGAAACAGUGUUGUGUUGAGGUCAGGACGCUGCCAUCCCCAUCCCCCCCGCUACUCAUACGCGCACGCGCGCCCACACACGCACACAAGGAACAGUCAAAAUCCCCCGCGAGGUGAAGUCACCAGUCACCAUGGCUGCCGCUGCCACCACCACCACCGCCUGCUAACUGGACUCAGUUACCUCGCAGGCGUGACUGUGGCAGGGUGUUAGUGUUGUCCAGCUUCUGAGGUCAAGAUGGCCGUGAGUGUGAAGACCUUCCUGGCGCUGCUGGGGUUGGUGCCAGUGGCCCUCGCUACCCCUCUGGUGGCAGGCAACGUGGCCACCAACGAGCUCGUGGAGCCACCUCCAGUUCAGGAGGAAGUGGACCUGCCCUCUUGCCGCAGCGGGUCGGCGUGCGGGUACCUGCAGGUGAACGCGUACGGCGUGAGCACCCAACAAUUCUGCCGCUGCCCCAGGAGACUAGGCUCCUGUGGUAUACAGUGGGACCCCCAGGAUGGCCACUCCGUCACCAUGGGCUCAGACCAGUUCAAGUACUGCGGCUCGCCCCCUCCGCUGCACGUGUGUGGAAGGGACGAGAAGGCUUACACAGCCGCCUUCAUCUUCGACAAGUUGACGUUCAGCAUGGCAGGUCAGCAGCACCUCCUCCACUGCUUCUGCCCGCCGCCCCUCGCUCACGUCCGCGACGACGUCGUCGAGGAGGUGGUGGAGGGCGAGUUCCUUCUGGCCACACUCCACUCCUGCUCCAGGCUGCCUGUGUGUACAGAGGAGACGCCAUGCAAGGAGGUGAGCCUGGGUGGGGGCACAGCCCUUGUCAACCCCAAGUGUCGCUGUCCCCGCGAGUCUUCCUGCCCAACCCUCGGCACCACCGUCGCCCCACACUCCAACAACUACUCUCAGGGCUCCGCCUACUCCGUCUUCUGCCAUCGUCAGUUUUAAGUCACCAUACUCCAGUCAGCCUGCUGCCAACUCCACUACUAUCUUCCUCCUGCUCUGGGGCCCCCCUAUGACGACAGGACAUGUUUUUCAUAGUCGACGCUAUCAGACGUCCACCUACUGCGACUCUCUCCCUCUGGAUUAAGCAUUAGUCAGCGAUCGCCUUGAGAGUGAAACGCCCCUCUCUCUCACUCCUAAUUUUACACACACACACACACACAUGACACCCCUCAUCUUAAUUCUUCCUAACUCACUCUUGUGGCUAACGCCGCCAAAUGUCAUCGUAUAGUUAGCUCACAGUCAGAGAAAUAUCUUCUAAUCCCCUCAGUCCUGAGUCACUUGCACAGGAUAGACAGGAUGGUCGCCGGGGGGAGGAAGUUAUGGCCCUGCGGGACCCCGCUCCCUCUCAGCGCUCCACCAGAUAUAUUGUCCAAGUCACACUUGAUACACAAUCUUACAAGAAAAAUGUCAACAAUCAUUGAAAAACAUUGUCGCAAAACUCAUGAGUGUCUCUCUAUGAUCUCUAUGAUCACUACCGUUGCUAGGUCAACACAAGACCCCUCCCACAGUGUUGCCAGGUCAACACAAGACCCCUCCCACAGUGUUGACAGAUCAACAUUAGGCCUCUCCCGCAGUGUUGCCAGGCAAAGCCCACAGGCAAUGGGAUCCAAGGCGCGGAUUCUCUAGAGUAGCACCCGAAUCUUUUGUGGUGGCAUUCAAGCAAACCAACAAGGAAAGAUCCGAGUCAUUCUCACACGAGGCGAGGCGAGGCGCCCCAAACUUUCUUGUUAAUAAAACACAAGACGGAACAGUGUUACCAUAUACACCUGAAGGUUAAUAUAACAUCUUUCUUUCCCGUGUUAGCAUAUAAAACAGUAGAUUAACUGUACGUUUUGCUUAUAUUGUUGCCAGGUAUACACAUGAUCCCUUCACACUGUUACCAGGGAAAAUGCAGCACUCCUUGAUUCACAGUUAACAGAUAAACAGCUGAUUUUGGAGAUCUUUGUGUAUGGGGCCCCCCUCAAGGUGGACCUUCACCUCCUCUAUGUGGACCUCCACCUCUUCAAGGUGGACUUCAUCCUCCUCCUCCUCAAGGUGGACCUCAUGAUCCUCUCUACCUUAAGGAGCUCUGUACCUCCACACCAGAGCCCUCUACCAAGCUUCUGUUCAUUAAUAUUAUCAUCUUACGUUCAAUCUUCCGUUCCUUCCGCUUCCCCCCCCCCUCACCACCACACCCCUCCCCUACUUCCCCCCCACCCCUCCACUACCCCUACCACACUCCUCCACAACCCCCCCUCCCUACUCUCUCUUCCCCAACCAUUCUACAGUCCUGUUUGUUCUGGAUUUGUGCAUGUUGUUUUUGUUCCAUUCGAGAGGCUGGAUUGUCAUAUUUGUCUUAUUCUUGUACUUUUCUGUGGCGUCUACUGCCCCGGACGCUCAGGAUGGGGGGGGGGGAACCAUGUUCGAACAGCCCUCCAAGACUGUUCGAACAUGGUAUUAAUAAUAACAUGGUAUUAAUAACAUGGUUAGCUGCAACUAACUUUGACACGUUUUGGGAAUUUAGUUUUUUUUAAACUCAUGAUUCUUGAAUUGUUGAUUCUAUAAAGAACAUUUGUGAUGGAGAAAACUAAACAUUCUUGAAGACCAAAAACCAGGACCUUAAACAAAACAUGGAAACUAGAGAAUAUUAGGAAAGUAACCAGUUUAACCCCUUUGAUUGAUUUUCAGAAUUUCACAGCUCAUUAAAAAUUCGCAACCAACAUGAAAUUCUUAAAAAAAAUAUAUAAUUAACAAAUAAAAUUUGUAGAGUCAAGAAUUUGUACAAGUUUAUGAAUUCGGCGAAACAAAUUCAAUCUCACUACCUUAUACAACGUAAGACAAAUGAGAAAAUAUUUUGAAAUUCUGAAAUUUCCAAAAGUGUUAUCAAAGGGAGUUUUAAAAGUUGGCGUCGUGAAGAACUGUGAAGAUGAGAGUCUUGUAGACGCCGGUACGACAGUCCAAGGACUCGGGUGUCGGUCUAAGCUGGUGACCGACAUUUUAAUAAUACUGAAUGAGCAAUACUGAGUAUGGAACAGUUGCUUUUUAUCUGUUUAAAAGAGAAUAAAAACGAUAAAUUAC